UCUCACAACACAGAGUCAACUAACUUGAGCAACCAGACUGCUAAGGUGGACAUGAUGAGCAAGGCGAGCAGAUGGCAGACAGUGACAUGGACAGUGCUGGGUCUCCUGUGUCUGGUCAGCCGGGGUCAAGCACUGGCCAAGUGUGAAUACAACGCUGCCAGCUGUUCGUGCAUGACGGAGAAAGGGGAGAUCAGUCUCAAAUCGUUGAGCAAGAGCGAGCCGUAUGAAAGUGACUUCAAAGCAAAGAAUGAGCAGUACUAUUGGGAGCCAUGUCAAGAUUUUACUAUGGGAACAGUUAAAGCUGGGGCUGUACAGGUCCAAGUCCCAGCCAUGUAUUACGACAUUGGUGCCCACGUCAAUGCUGGCAGUGCUGUGGACCAAGAUGGCGUGCCACUCUUUUAUAUGGUGGCUGUUGAUGGUCAAAGAACAACAUUUGUUCGUUGCAUCUGUUCUGAUGAGCUAAGUUUUCAGUUUGAGAAAGAAGAUCCACAGACAAAUUAUCACUUCACGCUCAAGGCCAAAAACUGCUGUCCUGGACAUUCUGACAGUGGUGGGUCAUCAAGUUUGUCUGUUGGAUCUAUUUUGGUCAUUGUGUUUUUCUCUUUGUUGGUUUGCUACCUUCUGCUGGGCAUCAUCUACCAGAGCAGCAUCAGGAAGGCUAGUGGCAGGGAGAUCAUUCCUAAUGCUGGACUUUGGUUGGCCAUACCUGGUUUAAUUAAGGAUGGUGUUCUGUUCAGCUUUACUUGUGGGAAAAAAUCCAGUUACAGCAGUAUAUGAUCUCAAUGGGACUAACAAGGGAGGAAACUUUAGGGAUUUACUUCCCUUGUGUUUUAGGUCUGCAUAAUAGGAUCUGUCUAGUCAAUGAUAUUAAUGUAAUGAGUGCUGCUAAAUUAUUUAUUCAUGACAUGCAAGUUCUGUACAUUGACAUGUGACUAUUGUGAAUGUAGGCUUGUGACAAUUGUUUGGGUUUGUGACUAUUGUGGUUAGGGUUGUGACAGUUGUGCAUAUAGGAAAAAAUGUUACAACAAAUUAUAUGAAUGAGUUUUGUAGCAUGAAAGUUGGGUACAUUGACAUGUUGUGUUUGACAAUGUGUAUUGAUUAAAAUAAAACCAGGAUGUUGUGUCGUUGCUUUCUGGUCUAAAAACAUUUGGUUAUUGUGGUCGGCACUGAGCCUCGUCUGGUCAGUGCUGUUGUAAAGUGCACCUGGUCAGUGCUGUUGUAGAGUGCACCUGGUCAGUGCUGUCGUAGAGUGCACCUGGUCAGUUCUGUUGUAGAGUGCACCUGGUCAGUGCUGUCGUAGAGUGCACCUGGUCAGUUCUGUUGUAGAGUGCACCUGGUCAGUGCUGUCGUAGAGUGCACCUGGUCAGUUCUGUCGUAGAGUGCACCUGGUCAGUGCUGUUGUAGAGUGCACCUGGUCAGUGCUGUUGUAGAGUGCACCUGGUCAGUGCUGUUGUAAAGUGCACCUGGUCAGUGCUGUUGUAGAGUGCACCUGGUCAGUGCUGUUGUAGAGUGCACCUGGUCAGUGCUGUUGUAGAGUGCACCUGGUCAGUGCUGUUGUAGAGUGCACCUGGUCAGUGCUGUUGUAGAGUGCACCUGGUCAGUGCUGUUGUAAAGUGCACCUGGUCAGUGCUGUUGUAGAGUGCACCUGGUCAGUGCUGUUGUAGAGUGCACCUGGUCAGUGCU